GUGAACAACCACAAAAUACCGAAAUAUGUUUUCAAUAAUACAUUUACUAUAAAAAUGACCUUAAAGCUAAGAAUAGAAUUUAAUGAAUCCCAGCGAAGAUGUCGUCUUACUGACAGUCAAUAUGUAUUCAUUUCGACGCUCUAUAGUGGCAUAUCUAUUAAUUAGCAGAGUUUGUAUUAGUUUAUUAAAAGAAAACUUUCACUAUUAAAACAUAAAUUAUUUGUCUGUGAAUUUUAUAAUGAUGUUCUAUCGACCAAUUUUGUGUAAAAUAAAAAAAAUAGCCAUGCUCACUAUUAUCGAGCAUAUAAUGGUGAGAAGUUAGUGUGACUGGUUAAACAAAUUAACAAAGUAAAAACAAACAUUAAAAAAAUGAACAUAAUCGUGUAGAAAUAUGAUAGAAUGUAACAAUAUUGCAGCUGGAAAAUGACGUUUGAAAUAUGGUUGGUUUUAGUCAUACUCUCCAGACUCAGUAUUAAUUCAGUGACAUGUCAUUUACUACGCAAAGACAAGGUUGACGUGGUCAGUAUGAUAAGCAAGACGAAACGAGCCGUUCCACCAGAAUAUGCAAGCACUUCCAGUUUAGCUGUCUGCGAAACCUUUGUGAUUGGAGACCCAGAAGCAAAAACACUCUACAGUCCAGCCUAUCCAGGCAAUUAUCCAAAUAAAACCGACUGUGUUGUUGUUCUCGAAGCUCCUGUGGGGUUUCUGAUACGACUAGAUUUUAGAGAUUACUUCAAUAUAGAACCGUCAGAAGAUUGUAAAUUUGAUUUCUUAGAGAUAAGAGACGGAGGUCAUGGCUUUUCCAGCUUGAUUGGGCAAUACUGUGGAACUGAUUUUCCACCAAUGGUCACAUCGAGGGAGCGCCAAUUGUGGCUUCACUUUCAUUCUGACGAAAAUAUCGAAUAUGCGGGUUUUGUUGCCGUUUAUGAAUACAUCCCACGUCCAACAAGCUCUAUUUAUGAUGAUUCAAACUGCCGGUUAGAGGUGGGUGGGUACGAAGGAUGGGUUAAUCGGACAGAUAUACCCACUGAGAAAAUGCAAAUCUCCAUGGAGCACAACUUACCAUUAGAUUGUAUGUGGGUGAUACGUGUAUGGGAUGGUUGGAAGAUUCAACUGGCUUUUCAAAAAUUCAAAUUAGAGAAACCUAAUGAUUGUGACAACAAUUUCGUUGAUGUAUUUGGAGAGAAAACAGACAUCCCAAGCCGGAUAAAGAAUUUCUGUGGUUCAAUUGCUGAUUCUGUCACAUCCAACAAGAACAUACUACAUAUUCGCUUCUAUGCAGAGCCACCAGCUAUAAAUUCAACGUUUUCCAUUCUUUUUACGGCGUUUCGAGAGAAACCGGCAGGCGAAACAUGUGAGGAUGAUGAAUAUGAUUGCGAAGAUGCAACUUGCAUAUCUGACACACUGAGAUGCAACGGUCGGGUGAAUUGUCGCUUUCGAUGGGAUGAGGAUGAAUGCGCAACAGACAGUGAAGGCCAAUCGGAACACGUUGUCAUCAUUAUUGUAGUCUUUGGCCUUAUAUUGGGUGGAAUGUUUGCAGCCUUUUUGAUCAGUUGUCUGAGAAAAUUAAUACGAGACCACAAAAUUAUUAGGCGACAAUCUAAAGAGAGCAAAUUGGACGAAUUGGGUCGUCACUCAACAAAGCUGCCCGAAGAGCGACAAUCGAUAAAAAAGUCCCGAGAAAAUCUGUCAUCGAAAUUGGCUGUUUCAACUUCUUCGCCACGCGGAAAGAGCGUAGAUGCUAUCAGCAAUACUGGGCGCAUUCUAGACUCGCCAGACAUUUCAAAUCGGUACUAUCGCGAAAUUGUUCCAAUUCCCUCAACUGGGAGUGUGACCCACUGUGAAAUGAAACACCCCGAAGUACUCGUUGGUUGGAGAACAAGUAGUCUCCAAGAUGAAAGUCAUAGCAGCGAUGGUGUGGGGAUGUGUGAUAUUGCUUGCCAAACGAGAGAGUCCCUGUUUCAACCCAUCUUUAGGAACAAAGUUACGCAGUCUCCGAUUCCUUCUAGUGAAAUCCGAUUUUCUACCUUUGGCUACAAUUCACCACCAGCUAUGUCGAACAUUGGCCAUGAGCUAAACAAUCCAGUGAACCAGCCAUCAGCUCCAUCAGUGGCGAAUAUCCUAGAAAUGAGUGACCUAGGAUGUCCACCGCCACCACCCCCAAUAGCACACCAUCACCACUGUCAACAUCACCAAAUGAAAGCCUUGGAAGCUCAGAAGUUGGAAGAAGCUAAGCGAAGUCAGCGUAGCGAAGAGAUUCGGAAAUCUGCACCGGAUGUCAUUAUCAUGACUUCGCAUUGACCUUUGUGGAUAAUUUUUCCUAAUGUUAAUUUUUAUUUUCUAACUGAAAAAAAUCAUUCGAUGAUAGAAGCGA